AUGAAUGUCCCGACCUGGACUUCUGGAGAUGAGAUUCUCGAUGGCAAAUGGAACAGAACACCCUCAGAUGAUGGACCAAUAUCAAAGAGUGGAGGGAAAUUCCUGGUAAUUGGUGUCCCUAAAAAUUUGUUCUUGUCGUCGUCGUCAUCUGCUAUGUACGGUGCUUCAGAUGCCGAAACAGGAGGCCAGUAA